UCCAUAAGAGCGAUCAAAGUAGUCAUGUUCAGGAAGCAAUGAGUUUUUCAAAUGAAUCCUCAAAUCCUAAUGACAUAAAACAAGAUGGGAAUUCUAGCAACUGUGUACUUAGUUUGACAUCGGCAUUGAAUGAAUCUAUGGGUUCUAAUGACAUACAACAAGAUAGGCAUUCUAGCAGCUGUGUACCUUGUUUGAAUGCACUUCUUGGUUCUAAUCACAUCCAACAUGAUGGCAAAUGUAGCAGUUGUGUACCUAGUUUCACAUCAUCAUUUGAUGAACCUCUUGGUUCUAAUGACGUCCAACAAGACGGGAAUUCUAGCAGCUAUGUACCUAGUUUGACACCAGCAUGGAAUGAACCUCAAGGAGCAGAUGGAGUACAUAGAAUUGACAGGAGAGAUUCUUGUAAAAAAUACAAUUGCUUUUGGAGCAGGCUAGAACUAUUUCUGUCAGAUAUACGAAAAUAUGGCAGCAUAGCUGAAAGGCAUGCCCAUAUUGCUGGUGAACUUAUGCUUGAGGACGUUUUGUGUGUACUCAAAGAUGCUGAAGGAUUGAUGAAGCUAGCAGGCCUAUCAGACGCUUAUGCUGAGGUUCAUGGGACUAUGGUGCAUAGUCUACAACUGCUACAUGAGGCUCUGGUUCAUCCCGGUGCAAAGGAAGUUGAUGAGAUGCAUAAUUCCAAGGAAGUUGAAGACCUCUGCACUAAGUUGCAGGACAUGAAGCUGAUGCUACAGCCGCUAAUGGAUGAACUCUCCCUAUUAGAUAGCGGGAAUGAAACUGAGAUGUCACAAUCAGAGCAAAGUAUUAUAAGGGCUGAGCAUGUUGAUUACGCAAGUCAACAAUUUACUGAAGAAGGUGCAGUUGAUCUUGCAAACCAAAGAAGUAAUAUAAAGCAGAACAAGAAGUCUAGGAAAAAGGGCAGAUGUGUGUCAUCAGCAGCCGAAGGAACUGAAUGUCAAACCAGCAGUUUUCGCCAGGCAUCUGUUGCUUCUAGCAGUAAAAAACGCAAAGGAAAGCAAUCCAAGAAGUCCAAUAAAAAAGGGAAAAGCAAGAAAAAUCGGCACUGAUUUUUAUGUAACAUGUUUCAAAAUGCACAAGGUGCAAUCUGAAGGUAUUCUGCUUCAUCUAGAGACCUGACACCCACUAUAUUUUUGUUCAGUAUAUUUUCCUUGAUGAAAACAGUGAAUCAUAUACUAAUGUUUGCCAACUGUUUCAAAG